GAACACGACGAGACGCCCACAGACUUCCAAAAAUGGACAUGUGAGGUAUAAAACAUUGGUAUUAGAAGACUAUCUUGUGUCCGCUCCUGCUUUUCACCGCGGGGAGAAAGAACAUUGUUGGUCAUUCUGAAUAUUGCACGGUCUCGAGCAAGACAUUGUAACAGCGGGUUCUUGUGGCAUUCCUCCCCUGCAUGUGCGCUAGCUGACAGGGGUGUACCAUAAAUCUAGUCCCGUGUACAGCACCGUUUAUAUUUCUACUUGCGGACACUACACGGUCACACCAGACAGACAGGCUGUGGCCGCGGCGACUGGGAACGUUCGAUCACAAGGUUUCCUAUCCAUCUACUAACUACACUGAUGUGGGUACUGAUGUGGGUGUAGUAGUCUCGGUGAGUGACAAGACCAUUGGAAAAAGAAACAGACAAUAUGAGUAGUACCAAAAGGAAAGCAGAAGGGCACUCUAGGAACAUGAGCAAACUACGAGCCAUGAAGUCUGGAAGCUCCAGAACAGACUCAGAGAGAGACUCUGGCUUCUCAGAUGCCAGCACCAUAGACCCGACAGAUUCUGAGGGCUCAUCGCACUCGGUGUCCAAGAGAGAGGUUCAGCGCCCUGGAUCAGUGUUGGGGGCACAGUCCUCACAGCUAGCUGUGGUGGGGGGGUCCUACUCCAACAUGCCCCCCAUGAUCAUCCAGCAGCCUCAGGUUGUCUUCCUACAACCUGUGGUCUCCCACUGCACCACCUCCAACCCCAAGGAGGCCUCCUCUAAACACCGGCGCCCAAAAAAGUUUUUUCCCAUCCUCAGGUCCUACCCCAAGAUUGCCCCUCACCCUGGGGACAGCUCGAGUUCCUCUGGGAGAGGAAGCUCUUGUUCUUCCUCGUCGGGGUCAGAGAGAAGCGGUUUGUCCUCCAGCCACCGGGAGCGCCAUCACAGCCACAGAGACAAACAGCAGAAGCAGCAGUCUGGUAGUUCUAGCUCUGGUUCUUCUGGUUCCAGCACCCUCAGUUUCCCUCCUCCAACUAUCUCUCUGUCCCCCUCUCCCCAGCGCAGGCUCGCCCUCACCCUCUCCCUCACAGACUCCAGUGCCUGUAGCAGCCCUGCUAGACCCUCCCCCGCCGUCAGUAGAUCAGAGUACACCCCUGCCCCGUCCUUGACCGUAACUCCUUCUCACACCCUCAACUUUGGCCACCCUGAGAAACUCAAGUCCCAGCCUCUUUCCCUCCCAAAUCACGCCACCACAACCGACAACGGCGAUGGAGAUGACCACGACAUCAAGCGUAAGCGCUUCUGCAACACGUACAACAUCCUGUCCAAGUCUGGCCUGCUGGACAUCACCCUAAGAACCAAGGACCUGCUCCGUCAGAACCGCAGGACCCAGGGAGACCUGGACCGGCUCAAGGAGCACACCAACCUCUUCCUGCAGGCCCUGCAGACCGGAGACACCAGCAUCUGGCGCAAGCUGCAAACCAGCCUCCAGGAAGAAGAGAAAGAGACCGAAGAGAAAGGGAAGGGCAGUGGGAAGCAGAGCAUCUUAAAGGUAGAUACAGAUUAGACCUGGACUAAGUAAAAGCAGGGGUUCAUCUGUUAGAUUGGGACUGAGUUGAGGUGGGGGAGGCUGGGACUUGGGCUGACUGAGGAAGCUGGACCGACAGUAAUGUGCCCACAAUGAUCACACAAACAGACAGUUACUCUGACCCUGUCUCCCUGCACUGCUGCCUGGUUCAGCUACCCUAAACAAGGCCAGGCAAACUCCCUCUACACACUAGCCUGCCUGCUUUACCCUAAAUCAGGCCAGGCAUAUUCCUGGUAAACACUGUAGCCUGCCUGCCUUACCCCCCAAAUCAGGCCAGGAUGGAUGGGAGGCUUCUUCUGUAUGAUAUGAAAUCGCUCUAUUCCCUAUAUAGUGCACUACCAUGACUCUAUAUAGUGCACUACUUUGAUCCUAUGUAUAGCGUAUGGGGAAUAGGGUGGUGGACAUUGCAUUCUCUCUUUUCUGUUGUACCCAGCCUGGCUCGCCUUCUUCCUGUCAAACCACCUUCCUGCUUCUUAGAAGAAGUCUUGUUGUGCUCUGAGUAUCUCUGAGAUAAGCCCUAAGGGAGUUUUUUACUGGAAGCUGAAAGUGCCCACCACUUGACACUUAUAGCCGUCAUCGUGAUGAGUAAAAUAGGCCUAUAUUGAAGAUGGCUUGCAUGGUAUAGUUAGUAAGAGUGCUGGGUACCUGAAUUAAACCCAACAAAACCACACAUUUUUCAUGAAAAUAUAUGGUGUUAAUUUAGGCUCAAACAAAUAUGUUUAGUGAUAUGUUUUACAAUACCCACUGGGCACACACUGGUUGAAUCGAGGUUGUUUAAAUUACGUGGAACCAAUGUGGAGUAGACGUUGAAUUGACGUCUGUGCCCAGUGUGUAGCCACUUAUACAGUAGGUUUCCACUGGAGCACAUGUGAGGGGAAUGGAAAGCAAAGCAGCACAGAAUUAUUUUUUCCCCUCGUGAAUUCAUGGACUAAAGACAGUGAUUUACAUAGACUCCUUUAGGACUCUAGUGAGGAUACUGUUCAUCAAAGCAUUUUUUUUAUACAUCAAAGACUAAUGAAAGUCCCUCAAAUGGAAGAUGGGCUGAAAUCUUUUUGUCAUAACAUUUUUUGUAAGAGAAUUGUCAAGGCUUUAUCCAAAAGCAGAAUUUUAUUUAAAACAUUUUAUUGUAUUUGCAUUCAAAUAAUUAGCAGGUAGUUCCAAAGGAAUUUCUAUGGAGCGUUGCUUCUUUUCUCCAAGGCAGAAAUGAAGAUUAAUUUGAGAACAUCGAACCUGCAUAGCUUGUUUUUUUUGCAAAAGGGAUGUUUUUUUAUUGAUAGUUUCAAUCGCUGUCCUUUUGGUCGAUGUUCAUUUAAGUAUAAAUAAAAGCGUGUUUACUGUGCUGAACCAAGCGCUUAUAACAUAUACUUCUCUUCAUAAAAUUAAUGCCUUGAAAUAAAUAAAAAAUGGUGUGGGAAGUUACUCCCAAUUAAGACUAAGUUGGCACUACUUAUCAUAAGCUGAAGUUAUUUUUGAUCUGUUAUUCUUUUGUGUUUUGUAAUAGAUACACCAACAUAUAGUAUCUCUCUCCAAUGUUUGGUCAUUCAUGGCCUUAUUUAGACAAUUGAUUAUGUGGUGUCAAGGACAAAAACAAAUUAGUUCUCUGUAAGAUGACAGACUCUCAGACAUACCUUAGUGCCACAUCUUGACAUUUUGUCCUGCAAAGCAUCUUUAAUGGUUUGUGUGCCUCAGAGUUGUUACAAAUACAACGAAUGUGAUAUCAUUUGCUCAUUUGCUAGAUGUUAUCUUGUGUAAAUACUAGUAAUAGGCCUCAGGUCAGCCAUUUUAAAAUGUGAGCUUCCUGAAUUUGUCAUCUUUUAGAACUGAAUAAGACAUGUGUUUGCUUGUUACCACAGUUUUGAAUAGGUGAAAAGUGUAAAUGUUUGCUUAUGUUGAUUGGAUACAUAUUUUGAAACCUGACUCAAAUUGGGAGUCUUGUAUUUAAAUGUUGGCAGCUUUUUUUGUAUAAUUUUACUCUGCCUUCUUAUCGCAAAGACAUCAAUUAAUUGUGAUUGUAUUUCUCAAUGUUUCAGUAGCACAUUGGUAAUAGCUUGUGAUUGAUGACAAAUGGUCCAUAGCCCUAACAGAUAAUCAUGUACCAAUGUUUUUCUAUUACUAUAAAUUAUACAACUCUAAAUUAUACAAUACCAGUCAAAAGUUUGGACACACCUACUCAUUCAAGGGUUUUUCUUUAUUUUGACUAUUUUCUACAUUGUGGAAUAAUAGUGAACACAUCAACACUAUGAAAUAACACAUUCAAUCAUGUAGUAACAAAAAGUGUUAAACAACAAAAAUAUUUUAUAUUUGAGAUGUGUUAAAGUAGCCACCCUUUGCCUUGAUAACAGCUUUGCACACUCUUGGCAUUCUCUCAAGCAGCUUCAUGAGGUAGUCACCUGGAAUGAAUUUCAAUGAACAGGUGUGCCUUGUUAAAAGUUCAUUUGUGGAAUUCCUUUCCUUCUUAAUGUGUUUGAGCCAAUCAGUUUGUUUUGUGACAUGGUAUGGGUGGUAUACAGAAGAUAUUUCGUAAAAGACCAAGUCCAUAUUAUGGUAAGCAAAGAGAGCUCAUUAGAGUUACCAAUCUCAGAAAUUGCAGCCUAAAUAAAUGCUUCACAGAGUUCAAGUAACAGACACAUCUCAACAUCAACUGUUCAGAGGAGACUGCGUGACUCAGGCCUUCAUGGUCGAAUUGCUGCAAAGAAACCACUACUAAAGGACACCAAUAAUAAUAAGAGAUUUGCUUGGGCCAAGAAACACGAGCAAUGGUCAUUAGACCGGUAGAAAUCUGUCCUUUGGUCGGAUGAGUCCAAAUUUGAGAUUUUUGUUUCUUACCGCCGUGCCUUUGUGAGACCCAGAUAGGUGACCAGAUUAUUUCUGCAUGUGUGGUUUCCACCGUGAAGCAUGGAGGAGGAGGUGUGGGAGUGCUUUGCUGGUGACACUUGAUUUAUUUAGAAUUCAAGGCACACUCAACCAGCAUGGCUACCACAGAAUGUUGCAGCGAUAUGCCAUCCCAUCUGGUUUGAGCUUAGUGGGAUUUGAUUUUCAACAGGACAAUGACUCAACACACCUCCAGGCUGUGUAAGGGCUAUUUGACCAAGAAGGAGAGUUAUGGAGUGCUGCAUCAGAUGACCUGGCCUCCACAAUCACCCAACCUCAACCCAAUUGAGAUGGUUUGGGAUGAGUUGAACCGCAGUGAAGGAAAAGCAGCAAACAAGUGCUCAGCAUAUGUGGGAACUCCUUCAAGACUGUUGGAAAAGCAUUCCUCGUGAAGCUGGUUGAGAGAAUGCCAAGAGUGCAAAGCUGUCAUCAAGGCAAAGGUUGGCUACUUUGAAGAAUCUAAAAUAUAUUUUGAUUUGUUUAACACUUUUUUGGUUACUACAUGAUUCAAUAUGUGUUCUUUCAUAGUUUUGAUGUCUUCACUAUUAUUCUACAAUGUAGAAAAUAGUCAAGUUAAAGAAAAACCCUUGAAUGAGUAGGUGUGUCCAAACUUUUGACUGGUACUGUACAUUUUCUAAAAGGAUGGACCUUGAAAACACUCUUUUUGCAGCUAAGCAAAUCAGAGCAUCCUUCAGUUUGAACGAUGAUCAGUAAAUGCAUUAUCUGUGUUUGUGUUGCUGAACAUAACAUUUUUGUACUUUUUUUAAGAUGCAUUGCUUGCUUAAUAAACUUUAUUUCAAGGAA